AUGAGUUCAAGAAUUGGAUUAUUUCAGCUCUUGAUCUUCUUUUUCUUCCAAAUUUGUUCUGUUUAUGCGAUCACAGAUGAUUCAGAUUCUACUGCUUUACAAGCCCUGAAGAGUGAAUGGAAAACGUUAUCCAAGAGCUGGAAAAGCUCUGAUCCUUGUGGAAGUGGUUGGGUUGGAAUUACAUGUAACAAUAACCGUGUUGUUUCAAUAUCAUUAACCAACCGUAACUUGAAUGGAAAGCUUCCUACCGAAAUUUCGACGUUGGCUGAGUUGCAAACCUUGGAUUUGACAGGCAAUCCUGAAUUGUCUGGACCGCUUCCAGCAAAUAUCGGUAACCUCAAGAAGUUGAUUGUCUUGAGCCUUAUGGGAUGUGAUUUCAAUGGUGAAAUCCCUGAUUCCAUAGGGAAUCUUGAACAACUUACAAGACUCUCCCUGAAUUUAAAUAAAUUUACUGGAACAAUUCCGCCUUCCAUGGGACGGUUAUCGAAACUAUAUUGGUUCGAUAUAGCUGACAAUCAGAUCGAAGGAAAGCUUCCAGUUUCUGAUGGGGCUUCUUUAUCUGGACUUGACAUGCUUCUUCAAACUGGGCAUUUUCAUUUUAGUAAUAACAAGCUUUCAGGCGAAAUCCCAGAAAAGCUCUUUAGCUCAGACAUGACUUUGCUACAUGUGCUAUUUGAUGGAAACCAAUUCACGGGUAGGAUCCCAGAGAGCCUCGGUCUAGUUAAAAAUUUGACAGUGUUACGCCUUGAUAGGAAUAGACUAACUGGAGACAUUCCUUCAAGUCUUAAUAAUCUCACAAAUCUUCAAGAACUGCAUUUGUCCGACAACAAAUUUACAGGUAGUCUUCCAAAUUUAACCAGCUUGACCAGUCUCUACACAUUGGAUGUGAGCAAUAACCCCUUGGCAUUAUCACCGGUUCCAUCAUGGAUCCCUUUCUUAAACUCUUUGUCAACAUUAAGGAUGGAAGAUAUUCAGCUUGAUGGUCCAGUACCAACGUCCCUCUUUAGCCCUCUUCAGUUGCAGACUGUUUCCCUAAAGCACAAUCUUAUAAACACAACAUUGGACCUUGGUACCAACUAUAGCACACAAUUGGAUUUUGUGGAUCUACGAGAUAACUUCAUAACUGGUUAUAAAUCAGCAGCUAAUAACCACGUCGAAGUAAUGUUGGCAGAUAAUCAAGUGUGCCAAGACCCGGCGAACCAGCAUAGUGAAUACUGCAGUGCAGUCCAAGCAAGUUCCACAUUUUCUACCAUCCCAAAAGACUGUGGUCAUCAUUGUAGUAAAGGUAGGGAACCGAAUCAAGGCUGCCACUGUGUGUAUCCACUUACAGGAGUAUUCACCUUAAGGUCUCCUUCCUUCUCCGGGUUUUCCAACAACAGUACGUUUAUACAGUUCGGGGAGAGUUUAACGGCUUUCUUUAAGAAUGGCAAGUAUCCUGUGGACUCUGUGGCCAUGAGCAACAUAAGCGAGAAUCCAACUGAUUAUCAUCUAUUAAUAGAUCUAACGAUCUUUCCAUUGGGAGACGACCGUUUUAAUCAGACGGGAAUGGACUCUAUUAAUUCUGUAUUUACCAUUCAGGCUUAUAAGCCUCCUCCAAGAUUUGGUCCUUAUAUUUUUGUCGCCGAUCAGUACAAAACAUUCUCUGAUACAGAAACUUCCAAGUCAGUAAGUAUGAGCGUUAUAAUUGGAACAGUAGUUGGUGUUGUAGUUCUACUGUUGUUGUUGGCUAUGGCUGGGAUUUACGCUCUUAGGCAGAAGAGGAGAGCAGAGAAAGCAAAUGAUCAAAUUAAUCCUUUUGCCAAGUGGGAUACGAGUAAGAAUGAAAUCGAUGCUCCACAGCUAAUGGGAACAAAAGCCUUUACCUUCGAAGAGCUGAGUAAAUGUACAAACAACUUUUCAGAUGCAAAUGAUAUUGGAGGUGGAGGUUAUGGCCAGGUGUACAAAGGGACCCUUCCCUCUGGGCAAGUCAUAGCAAUCAAAAGAGCUCAACAAGGAUCCAUGCAAGGAGCUUUCGAGUUUAAAACCGAGAUUGAGCUUCUUUCAAGGGUCCAUCACAAAAAUGUUGUCAAGCUCUUGGGAUUCUGUUUUGAUCAAAAAGAACAAAUGCUCGUAUACGAGUACAUACCGAAUGGGUCUCUUAGAGACGGUCUAUCAGGGAAGAAUGGGAUUAAACUGGAUUGGACAAGAAGGCUCAAAAUAGCACUUGGCUCAGGGAAGGGUCUAGCUUAUCUUCAUGAGCUUGCUGAUCCUCCAAUUAUACACAGAGACGUCAAAUCAAAUAACAUAUUACUUGACGAAGAUCUAACCGCAAAGGUUGCCGAUUUCGGCCUCUCCAAACUUGUUGGGGACCCUGAAAAAGCUCAUGUCACAACACAAGUGAAAGGAACAAUGGGCUAUCUUGAUCCGGAGUACUACAUGACGAAUCAGUUGACGGAGAAGAGCGAUGUGUAUGGGUUUGGUGUGGUGAUGCUUGAGCUAUUAACCGGUAAAAGUCCGAUAGAUAGAGGCAGCUACGUUGUGAAAGAGGUAAAGAAGAAGAUGGAUAAAUCAAGGAACUUGUAUGACUUGCAAGAACUGCUGGACACGACGAUCAUUGCAAACAGCGGGAAUCUGAAAGGGUUCGAGAAGUAUGUAGAUGUGGCUCUGAGAUGCGUGGAGCCAGAGGGAGUUGAUAGGCCAACAAUGAGUGAGGUGGUGCAAGAAAUUGAGAGCGUAUUGCGGCUUGUGGGAUUAAACCCUAACGCCGAUUCAGCAACAUAUGAGGAAGCAUCUGGUGAUCCUUAUGGUAGGGAUUCGUUUGAGUACACUGGGAUUUUCCCAGCUGCAAAACCCUAACGCAAUGAUUGAUAUAUUUCUUCUUGUUUUUUUUGGUUAUCUUGUAAGUGACUUUACAACUUGACAUGCCUUGUGAAUGUGUGUACUAGCAUGAUUUGAUUUU